ACAGCCAGAGGUCUGUGGAUGACAGUGACAGUUCACAACUAAUUUCGAGAACAAAAUAAGAAAAAUAUACAAAAAUGAUUUAUACAAUGAAUGUAAACAUGAAUAAUAAAAUUCCAAAAGUAGAGGAACCAGAUGUAACUUAUCAGAAUUUUAUUCAAAAUUUAGCAACUUAUCAUUUUCAAGUGAAAGCUAUAAUUCAGGAUAUUUUAGAUUGUAGAGAUUCGAUGGAAGUUUUAAAUCAUCUAAAUGACAAAGGCAGAGCUAAACUAUCCUUAUUAAGAGAAGAAUUAGAAAAUUUAGAUUCCUAUGCUACUGAUAUGGGAGAUCAAAAAUAUUUUCUUGAGGUGGCAUCUCAAAGGCAUCUACUAGCUGGUCUUCUCAAGGAAUUCAAAGAAGCUAACAUAAGCAGUAUGUUUGCUAUUGAAAAAGCUCAAAGAGAGGAUUUGUUAAAAACUGGCGAUGUAGAGGAAUCGAUGUUCAGAAAUAGGAUAAAGAAAAUCAACCGAGAUGGCUUGUUGAAAAUGUCCACAGGUGCUACGGAACGACUGCUCUCUAUCAGUAGACAAUUAGCGGCAACAACUCAAAGGAGUCAAGACACAUUGGAUAGCUUAGUGUCAUCUAGUUCUACAGUACACGGUACUCAAGCUGAACUUCAAAACACAGGAAGUACAAUAACACAAUCGAGUAAACUCUUAAAGAAGUAUGGACGGCGGGAGUUCACUGAUAAAGUGAUAAUGUUCUUUGCAUUCCUAUUCUUUUUAGCUGUAUGUUUGUAUAUAGUUCAAAAGAGAUUGUUUUAGUUAUUGAUAUUUUACAAUUUUUGUAUUUGAAUUUAUUUAUUUUAUUGUGUAUUAUGAUGAAUGUUAUGUAAUAAAUGAGUAUGAAUUAU